AUGGAUAAGGAAUGUUCGAAGGCCUAUAUAUUAUGUCCAGCAGUAUUCAAUCAAUGUAAAUGGUCAGGAAGUCGUAAUGAACUUAAUCAUCAUUUGAAAACAUGUAUAUAUACAAUUCGACCACCGCCAGUUAAAGAAAAUAUAUGUCGUAAGAAGCAACUUUCCGUACAGGUUAAACCCGAGUAUAGUCAAUGUACACAAUGUGGAAAUACGACAAUCAAAACCAGUGACUUGGAAUAUCAUAUGCGUGGAGAAUGUCCGAAGACUCAUAUAUUAUGUAAAGCAGUGUCCAAUAAAUGUACAUGGUCAGGAUGUCGUGAUGAACUUAAUGAUCAUUUGAAAACAUGUGCAUAUACGAUUCGACCACCGUCAGAUGAAGAAAUUACAUUUUGCGAUGAGGAAAUUUCCAUACAGGCGAAACCGGACGACACAGGAUGUAAACAAUGUGGAAACACGACGAUCAAAACCAAAGCCUUGAAAUAUCAUAUGCGUGCAGAGUGUCCGAAGACCCCUAUAUUAUGUCCAGCAGUAUCCAACCAGUGUACAUGGUCAGGAUAUCGUGAUGAACUUAAUGAUCAUUUGAAAACAUGUGCAUAUAAGAUUCGACGACCACGAGUUAUCGAAAUUAUAUCUCGUAAUGAGCACCUUUCCACACAGGUUGAUCAAUACAAAGAUCGAAUAAAAAAAUUGGAAAUCGAAGCUGUAGAAGCGAAUAAAACUAUCGCACGCCUUCAAGAACAAUGUAACGAAUACGAGGAUCGAAUCAAGCAAUUAAUCAAUGAAAGUAAAGGAUUAGUACCAUAUCGAAAUGUCGAACUACAAGAUUUUAUUGAAAAGUGUCAACUACGUUUGACAGUGGAUUUACGAUCGCGAAGAUUAAAUGAUCGAGAUAUGGAGAUAGUUGUUGACGAAGCAAUGAAUAAAAAACAAUGUAAACGAUUAUUAUUGGAUCAAAACAAGAUUUCAUUUGAAGGAGCAUCAAUCAUAGCUGAUGGAUUAAAAGAUAAUACUACAUUAGAAACACUUAAUUUAGAAAAGAAUUCAAUUGGUGAUAAAGGUGUAAAAUCCUUGAGUAAUGUACUCUUAACAAAAAAUUCGACUCUUCAACGACUCGAUAUUAAUGAAAAUAAUAUUACUAAUACAGGUGCACAAUAUCUUGCUGAAUUGUUAAAAAUAACAACAAAUUUAACCUGGUUGGCAUUACAUACAAAUGAUAUUGGUGAUCAAGGAAUUGAAUUAUUAGCUAAUACACUUGCUUAUUAUAAUCGUCAUCUCCAAGUAUUAGAUCUUUGUUUCAAUAAAUCAGUAACCGACAAAUCUGUAGAAUCACUCAUAACAAUGGUUAAACACAAUCGAUCGUUGAAACGAUUUCAUAUGUAUGGUUGCAAUUUGUCUGAAUCGGGCAGAGAUCGAAUACGUCUAGAAGCAAAAUCAAAUACCAUUUUACAAUUAUUAGAAAUAUGA